AGCUUUCCCAGUCAGCUGUUGAUAGUGCCACUGCCGUGUUUUUGUGCCCCACGUCCGAUUAUUCAGCAUGGAAAACGUUUCCAAGAUCUGGCUGGGACCUCUGCCCGAGGAUUCUCCCUACGUGAAACCCUUCCGCCUGUACUACGUUCAGAACGGCGUGGAGAAGAACUGGGAUCUGCUGAAGGUCCAUGAUAGCGUGGCCAUCAUCCUCUACAACACUUCUCGCCAGAAGCUUGUCCUGGUCCGUCAGUUCCGACCCGCUGUCUACCACGGCAUCAUCUCCAGCGCCCAGGGCAGCUUCGAUAAGGUGGACCUCAAGGAGUUCCCGCCCGCCAUCGGGGUCACCUUGGAACUGUGCGCCGGGAUCGUGGACAAGUCCAAGAGCUGGGUGGAGAUCGCCCGGGAGGAGGUGGUGGAGGAGUGUGGAUACGAUGUCCCUGUGGAGAGGAUCGAGGAGGUCAUGGUCUACAGAUCUGGCGUCGGCUCAUCGGGUGCCAAGCAAACCAUGUACUACUGCGAGGUGACCGACGCGGACAAGGCCACCAGUGGCGGCGGAGUCGAGGACGAGAUCAUCGAGGUGGUGGAGCUGUCCCUGGAGGAGGCCAAGCGGAUGAUCCAGCAGGGCGCCGUGAACAACAGCCCGCCCAGCUGCCUCAUGGGCUUGAUGUGGUUCUUCGCCAACAGGGCACCAGGUGCGAAGGCCUAGGCGGAAACGUUGUUGUUGAUUCACCAAGAUAAGCGGCGGCCGUGAUAAGAUGAUAAGAUGCGUCCGCAUCCGCAGCGUUGCCUUAGUAACUCGUAUUAGCCAACACGAAGUCAAAUGCUUUCCAAACCGAGAACAUUGUGAGUGCGCCUAGCGCAUACGAUAAUACCCAAUAUUGAAAUUCCCGUGCCUGUCGAGGCUUACCUUAUGAUAUGUACUGUGUAAUAUGUAAUAAACCCAGGCCAGCUGUCCGCUCAUGAA